GAAUAAAAAUAGAGGUUAUUUGCCAAAUCUUUUAACACUAACUAUUAUUCUUUAUUUGGGCCUCAAAGAUAUGGAUCCGGCCCAUAUAUAUAAAAAACAACAACUAUCCUUUUCGGUUUCUAAGCAGCAAAAUGCGCGUGGUUUCUUUGACCUAGAACCGGCAGGAAGUUAACACGAAAACGCUCGUCCCUCUCCGUGCUGCGCGGCGGCUGCAAUCGCCGGAACUGUGCCGCCGAACUCUGGUUCCUCACUUCCCUCCCUCAAUCUCACCCAUCUUCAUCAACAUGCGGUCUCCAGAAAUCUCGAAAAGGGUUUUAGAUGCGAAGCUCGAAGCUUGCAGAUUCGCGUUCUUGAAGCUAAACGCGGUGAAGACGACCAAGAUGAAGAGCUAUAAGCAGUUGCGUACUUUGCUUAUGUUGAAAGAGAUAUCUCGACGUGGUGCUGAUCGUGACUUUCUUAAAGAUCAGGAGAAUAGCGUGACUAGAAUCCUCUGUUCGGUCUUAAAGCAAGUGGUGAGUAACGCAGACCGUUCUUUAAAGUCACUUCGCGGGUUUCACUACGAGACAUUAGACGAACAAGAGAAGCAACACGUGAACAGAAUGAUAUCAAGCGUACAAGGAAUGUGCAGUAGAAAAUACGAACCAGACUCUGUAGAUCAUCAGCUAGACGACAUGACUGAGCCAAUGGAGAUGGAGAUUUACUUAGGAAACGGAGACGACUCUUUCAGCGACAUUGUUCUGGAGCCGAUCUCAUGGCCUUUGGAAUCUCAACUAACUCCUGAAUGGGUCGAGAGCUUAACCGGUUUACUAAACCAGUUCACCUGGAAGAACUUGGCUGCUUCCGAGUUUCCUUCUACAUUACCAUACUCUGUUGCCACUUCUCUGGUGGACUGCGCGGCGCAGAUUCUAGACAAAGAAGCCAACUGCGUUAGAAUCAGUUGCUGCGGUGAGAGUUCUAGAGUGGUUGUGGUCGGAGAUCUCCACGGACAGUUCCACGACCUCCUCAAAAUCUUUGAUCAGUCAGGAAGGCCUUCGGAGAGCCAGUGGUUUGUGUUCAACGGUAAUUACAUCGGUCGAGGAGGCUCUUGGAGCUUAGAACUGUUCUUGGUUCUCUUAGCUUGGAAGAUUCUGAUGCCUGAGAGGGUGUGUUUACUCCGAGGUAGCUCGGAGACGAGAGUUUCUGCCGAAGAGCUUGGUUUCUUGAAAGAGACGUGUGAUAGAUACGGCGAGCAUGGUCAGGUGCUGUACUCCAAGUGCAUAGAUUGUUUCGGAACGUUACCUUUGGCUUCGGUGGUGGCGGAUAGCGUCUACACAACUCAUGGAGGUCUCUUUCAAAGCUCUGAGGUUCAUGAAGAUAGCGCGCCUUUACUGUUGGGUUCUUUAGAGGAGCUUGAGAAGGUUGAGAGGAGACAAGUCGGUGAGAAUGUAACUCUUGACCAUGUGUUAUGGUCGUGUCCAUGGAUGGCUGAUGGUCUUAGCGAGAGUAAUUACAAGGGACUUCUUUGGGGAGCUGAUUGCACUGAGAGUUUUCUUAAACAAUCCAACUUAAAGGUGAUUAUAAGAUCACAUGAAGGACCUGAUGCAAGAUCAGAUCGAGAGGAUAUGGGAAACAUGCUGUGCGGGUACUCAGUAGAUCAUGAAGUGGAGUCUGGAAAGCUUUAUACAAUCUUCAGUGCUUCAAAUCUCUCACAGGGUUCGAGAAGCUAUGAAAACGAAGGGUCAUAUGCUGUUCUUGAACCUCCGAGCUUCACAGAGCCCAAGUUUGUUUCUUACACUGUUGAAAACGUCCCAAGGUCACUACAUCAAAACAUAGGCGUUGGAUCUUCAGCUCAACAAGAGAUAAUGUGGGAGAAUAGGACAUGUCAUGGGUUUGCGUCAGUGGGGAUAUCUAAUCCUCCUUCUUGGACAGUUUCUUUGCCUAGUGAGCCGAGUCAGAUUCUUCAGCUUCAAGAGCCUCCUCAGGUCUUUGAAGGUCUUCCUCUUCCAGACACCAUUGAGGAGCCUCACAAAUCAAACUAUGACUACUUGUUCAGACUCAUAAGCGCUCUUAAGCAGGAGGUUCAGAUUAGGGACACACGCGAGAAAGAAUUGAUGGAUCAUUUAACCAAGACGAAAGCUACAUUGGAGGUCAUAAGCCAAAUGUCAUCUUCUCUCUGAGCAUUUAAGACAGCAAACCCAAAUGAUUUUGCUCUUUGUUUUUUGUGUGUAAUUUUAUUUAUCCCACCUGUAAUAUUUUGGUUUUAGCUUCUCGUUAUCAGUAACAAUCAUUUUAUUUAAAAAACGAACAAAUACGAAUCUUCAUUUCA